ACCUAACACUGCGAUAGGACUAUAGGAGUUCAGCUUCUAGUUUUAUUAUAUUUCAGUGUCGACACCCCAUUUUACUCUUUUGCUGAUUCACAAUAAAUUCUGAUAAAUACAGUAAUUUUAGCAAUUUUUUUAAACGGGUGGACGGGUCGUCGCUUCUGUCCCUGUCGCAUCUUUUAUUUUAAGCUUUGAUUGAUUUGAAGUAAUGACUUCAAAAGAAAACAUCGUUCCAAGUAGUAAAAUGCCAUCAUCGAGUAAUAACAAGCAAUAUGGCAAAAUUGUUUUAACAUUGCAAAAUUGUCUUUUACCAGAAGAAAAGUUGAAUUCAACACCAUCACAUUUAGAUGGUUUAGAUGCUGAAACUGAAACUGACUUACGAAUACUAGGAUGUGAAUUAAUACAAACAGCUGGUAUUUUACUCAAAUUACCCCAGGUAGCAAUGGCUACAGGUCAAGUGAUUUUUCAACGUUUUUAUUACAGCAAAUCAUUAGUCCGACAUAACAUGGAGACAACAGCAAUGGGAUGCAUUUGUUUAGCUAGUAAAAUUGAAGAAGCACCGAGAAGAAUACGAGACGUCAUCAGUGUUUUUCAUCACAUCAAGCAAGUGACUAGUAACAAACCAAUUAGCCCUGUCAUACUUGACCAAAAUUACGUUGCUCAAAAAAAUCAAGUAAUUAAAUCUGAACGCAGGGUACUCAAAGAACUUGGCUUUUGUGUUCACGUGAAACAUCCACACAAAAUAAUUGUCAUGUAUCUCCAGCUAUUAGGCUACGAAAGAAAUCGUCUUUUAAUGCAACAAAGCUGGAAUUACAUGAAUGAUUCAUUACGUUCAGAUGUAUUUUUGCGACAUCAUCCGGAAACUGUAGCGUGUGCUUGCAUUUACCUAGGUGCACGGCAACUACAAUUACCAUUACCAUCGUCACCAGCAUGGUUUUCACUGUUUAAAGUACAAGAGUCUGCAAUUAAAGAUGUUUGUCGUCGUAUAUUACGACUCUAUACCCGCCCUCGUGUUCGUUCAGAAGAAUUAGAAAAAAAAGUUGAAGAAUUGAGACGACAAUAUGACGAAGCCAGAUCAAAAACACGAGGUGGUGAUAUUGAUGGUCAUACACCCAGUCCUCCACUUCCAAAAGAACAUAAUGCUUGGGGUGGUUUCAUCAGUCGCAGUGGAACUCAUGCUCCUCCAGAAAGAUCAAAAUCACCACGGCAUUGUCAUGAACGCUCAAAAUCAUCAGCUAUAAUAAAUUUACCAGCACAACGCAAUGACUUUACAAAACAUCAAAAGCGAAAAAAGUACCCAAGUCGAAGCCGAUCAAGAAGUCGUGGACGAACGCGUAAAACUAAAAAAGCACAAAGACAUCGUUCAAGUAGCCAUAAGUCACGCAGUCGUUACAGGUCUCGUAGUUGAUUUAAAAUUUAUCUUUUUUAGUGAAACUCAUUCAAUUUGAGUCAUAUUAAAAAAGCCUAUUUUAAAACUCUACUUAGAAAAAAUAUUUGGGUUCAAAAAAGUUGACUCAAUGAAAUAAAGUGCUCUCAUAAUUAUCACAGUCUAUUAACAUAAUAAUAAUUUUCUAAUUUAUUUUAAAACCACCUUUAUGUACCACACUUGACAAUUGUAUAAAAAUAUUUUUGCAU